GCAGGACAGUGGGAGUAGCAUCAGUGGCAGCCACAACAGCAACGAAGAGACCACCGCCAUGAAUGGGUCUGUCGGCGAGCGCGUCGCCAUCCUGGACGCUGGGGCACAGUAUGGGAAGGUCAUCGACAGACGUGUUCGAGAGCUCAAUGUGGAGUCAGACAUUCUACCUCUCGACACCCCUGCCUACACUUUAAAAGAAAAAGGAUAUAGGGCUAUAAUAAUCUCUGGUGGUCCAAGUUCAGUUUAUGCCGAGGAUGCUCCACGGUAUGAUUCUGAUAUCUUCAAAAUAAAUGUACCUGUUUUAGGAAUCUGUUAUGGCAUGCAGCUCUUAAACAAAGAGUUUGGCGGUACGGUGCUAAGAAAAGCUGCAAGGGAAGAUGGCCAGUAUACCAUAGAAGUUGAUAAUUAUUGCCAUAUAUUUAAAUAUAUGGGGGUUAAACAGAAUGUGCUACUAACCCACGGUGACAGUAUAGACAAGGUGGCUGAUGGUUUUAAGGUUGUAGCAACAUCUGGAAAUCUUAUUGCGGCAAUUGCAAAUGACAAACUUCGCCUUUAUGGCGUUCAGUUCCAUCCAGAGGUGGAUUUAACUGAACAAGGUGUAACCAUGAUGAGGAAUUUCCUCUAUGAAAUUGGUGGACUCUCAGGGACUUAUACACUCCAAAGCAGAGAACUUCAGUGUAUCAACUAUAUUAAGGAGGUUGUAGGAACCAACAAAGUAUUGAUGCUGGUCAGUGGAGGUGUUGACUCUACUGUAUGUGCAGCUCUUCUACACAAAGCACUUGCAGAAGAACAAGUAAUUGCAGUUCAUAUUGACAAUGGGUUCAUGAGGAAGAAUGAAUCACUGCAAGUGGAACAAUCGCUGCGGAAGCUUGGCCUUAAACUCAGGGUGAUCAAUGCGAGGCACCAGUUUUAUGAUGGUACCACGAGUAUACCUGUGGAUAGUAGUGAUCCAAUGGGUAGAAAGCGUGUCACAAAUUUACUUUGUAUGACCUUAAGCCCAGAGGAAAAGCGAAAAAUCAUCGGGGAUACCUUUAUUAAGGUAGCCAAUGAAGUGAUUGCCGAAAUGAACCUGAGGGCAGAUGAGGUGAUGCUAGGCCAGGGCACACUCCGGCCUGACCUCAUUGAAUCAGCCUCUUCCAUGGUCUCGGGUAAUGCCCAGAAUAUCAAAACCCACCACAACGAUACAGACCUAGUGCGGGUCCUCAGGUCAGAGGGCAGAGUGGUCGAGCCAUUGAAAGACUUCCACAAAGAUGAGGUGCGGAGGGAUUUUGUGAGGCUGUUGCUGUUUUUUUUAAAUUAUAUUUCAUGUUUUCGGCACAUUGGUAUGAGAUUUAAUGAAGGGUCACUCUUUGAGAUAGAGUUUAGUAUUCAGGACUGGACAUACUACAUACUCAUCAUAACUUAUCUCCAAGGUCCUUUAGCUUGGCUUAUUAAAAGUGUGGCGAGCUGCAUGCUUGACACUCCUGCCCUAGAGAUGAAAAUUUCGCGCAGGAGAUCUUUCUUAGAUUUUUACCAGAAUAAAUGUGUUUCAAUGGAAGGGAGAGAAAAGGAAUUCACAAUAAGCCUUGUCUUCCUUGAUACAGCCUUCCUAAAGGAAAUAAAACCUUACUCAUAUUUCAUGUUUAUGGUUUCCCCAAUCCUAUUGAUCUUAAUAAGAGAUUUUCAACUUUACCAGGGAGACUGCAGGACAUACAGCUAUGUGUGUACUCUUUCCUGUGACUCCGAUCCAGUGUGGGAAGAUAUCUUAAUUUUAGCUCGUCUUAUACCCAAGAUUUGCCAUAAUAUCAACAGGGUGUGCUUCGCUUUUGGUGGUGCAAUCAAGGAUCUUGUACAGGACAUCACCCCUACCACGCUAACUCCUGGAGUGUUGGCUACUCUCCGACAGGCUGACUUCUUGGCCAACCAGGUGUUGGCUGAGUCUGGGUUUACUGAGAAGCUUGCUCAGAUGCCAGUAGUGUUGAUUCCUGUGCACUUUGACCGUGAUCCAGUAACACGCCUCCCAUCCUGCCAGCGCUCUCUUGUUCUCAGACCUUUCAUCACUCAUGACUUCAUGACUGGCAUUCCUGCGUUACCUGGGAAACACAUCAUACCUGAACUGGUAAACAAAAUGGUGGCAGAGAUGCUUGGCGUCCCAGGGAUCAGUCGAGUGUUAUAUGACUUCACCUCCAAGCCACCAGGAACAACUGAGUGGGAGUGACCGUGCCAGCACCAUCUCCAUCAGCCGACCGUGACAGGCGGCUGAGGGACAGGAAGUGCUAGAUCUCAUGUCUCCUUUCCUUUGAGAUUCAGUGGUUGCCUUGGACAAUUAAAGAGUGUGCAUAGUAGUGUGUGGUCGUAAGGUCAAAAUAAACUUAGAACUCAGGUCAAAGGUGUGCAUGAACACAAGUGAUCUCCUCCCUUUCAUUGCUAAGUGAAGUGUCAGUGGGGAGAGAACAGAUAGAGAGAAAGAGAGAGAGAAAAAAGUUAUUGUUGUGAUUGUAAAGACAAUAAAUGGCACCUCAUAAAUCUCAUUGCAUAGACAAAAUUUUACAGUGAGAUUCAUUAUACAUUUUCACCAAAAUAUAAAGAGAACUGAA